AUGGCUAUCCCCAACCCAACAACAAUAACCCUAAACCCCCCUCACCACCACACCAACGACUCCAAAACCAACCCCAAUAACAAAAACACCCCUCCAUACAUCACCUUCCUCACCGGCACCUGGCACGUCACACACUCCAGUCUCCCCCUCUGGAAAGACAAACGCAACGUCUCAAUUACUUAUACACCCAUCCCCUCCCAAAACGCCAGUACUACGGCAGGAAGUGGAAGUGGUGAUGAUCCCACCACAAAACUAGACGACCUAGUCCAAUAUCAAUCACGGGAUCCAUCAAAAACCAAAAUCCACACCGUCCACGGGAUAGACACGCCCUCGGUAUCGAAUCCAGGGGCGUGGGAUUGGCGGGGGAAGGGGUGGUUGAUGAUUGCGUCGUCGCAUUGGGAGGUAUUAGGGUUUGGAGAGAUCGAACCCGAACAGGCUGGAGCUGGAAAUGGAACUGGAAGCGAGGAAGAGAGGAAUGCAUGGGUCGUUACUUAUUUUGCAAAAACACUGUUUACGCCCGCGGGGAUUGAUGUUUAUUCGAGGCGGAAAGAAGGCGUUUCGGAGGAUAUUUUGGAGGGGAUUUUUAGGGCUUUGAGGGGGUUACAGGUGCCAGAGAUUGGGGGGCUUGUUGAUGGGGUUUUUGAGAUUCCGAGGGAUUGA